AUGGAAGAUAGGGAACCGAUUAAAGCUAUUGAAAUACUUUGUCCUAAUAAAGAAACAACCCAACCAUUGAUACUCUGGCAGAAUUCACAAGAAUCGGAGAUCUUUCUUUAUGCUCAAAGAACAAUGUGGUCACUAUUCUGCUUCGUUCUUUUUAUAGGAACUCUGUACAUUGAGAACAUUAACAACCAGCACUUUUCACUCGGAGAUAUGCGCAUGCUUUUAGCUGGGUCGGGGUUUAUUGUUAGUUUCAUACGAGUUGUAAUUUUGAUUCUGAUAAAGGUCAAUAAGAAGAAAUACUACUUGGAGCAAGAGAACUUGGGCUUGAUGUUUUUACUGGUGAUCAUGAUUUUGGUUCUGGGUGGGAUUUUGUUUAUUGGGUCGAUUCUGCACGUAGUUAUGCUAAUGAUUAUGGCGCAAUAUCCAGACACGCGCCAGAUAAUCAACCAUUCUCUACUGCAGCUGGGGUUGGGUUCAGGGCGAAAUCUAGUGAAGAAUUGCUUGUACGCGGCGGAUUGUAUGAACGCUGCCCUGCUUUUUCUGACUUCGGUCUCCGUGUUUCGCAAACACCGCAGUGUUCUCCUAUUGGGUUGGGUUGUAGCUGUGGCGUCUUGGCUACUGGGCGAUGCCUAUCUAACGCAACUGCACCAGAAUAUUCAGCUGACUCCCAUCGACCCUAAGUCGUUCGCACUCUCACUUGAGCUAUCCCUAAAAACUCUACGUAUUCUGGCCUGGAUUCGGAUGUUGGCCUACAUCCAGAGCUUAACACUUUACCAUAAUUGGGGUAUUUGCCGACAGAUAGUAAUUGGUCUUGAAAAGCGCCUUUCCCCAUAUGCUAAGCACGACAAUGUCUUUGUUGGCUGUGUUCUGCUGCAGCUUGUUGCUUUCUACUCGCCAAUGCUCUGUCUGUAUAUUGUCAAUCGUUCGUUGAAUAUUGAGUGGGCCCGGCCAUGCUAUGUCAUUAUUGAACGGUGGAUCGGGUCAUUUAAUAGUCUCUUUAAGUAA